AUGAUAUUUAUGAAGGUUCUUAGGGUUAGUGAUUGGAGAAGCGAGAAGAGGUCUUUGAUAUCUUGGGUGGUUGUAGGUUGUGGGUUUGGAUUGGUUGGUAGGGGUCGGAGGCAGAGGAGGGUAGGAAGGACAUUAUGGGGUUUUUGUUUGUUCUCUCGUUUCCUUAGCUUUGCUGAGAGGUUGCAGGAUUGGAUUGGUCUAGGGAUAAGGCGGGACAUUCUUCAGGCGCAGGUCACUGGUCUCAGGUGGAGGGUAGGGAUUGGGUUUGGGGAGCCCUGGAAGGUGUACCAGUUGAAGCGGGGGAUUGCGCUCCUUCUCGGAAGCGCCGGUUGCUUUUCGCAAGGACCAAGGACAGGUCAACUGUUGUCUGGGCCGGGUUGCAGCUAUGUGCAAUGCUUUCUCCCGCUCCACGUGGUCAGUUGGUUCGUAGUCGGAAGUGCGAUUCGGGACAGCUGGGUCACUUUGUAG